AUGACUUGGAACCUUUUCAAAAAACAUCCCAAACCUGAACCCAUCAUAGCUGUUACUACAGGUGGUCAAGUACCUCCUACCACUAAUACAGCAGCACCAGCAGUCUCCCAGGAAAAUGCAACGCAGAUCUCAGGGCCAGUGGAGAGUACGGAGGACACUUUUGCAAAGUUAAAAGAAAAGUUUAUGAAUGAAAUAAAUAGUAUACCUUUGCCACCAUGGGCCCUGAUUGCCAUUGCUGUCGUUGCUGGAUUGUUGCUGCUGACCUGCUGUUUUUGCAUCUGCAAGAAAUGCUGUUGCAAGAAGAAGAAGAACAAGAAGGACAAAAAGGGGAUGAAAAAUGCCAUGAACAUGAAAGAUAUGAAAGGCCAGAACAAACAGGAUGAUGAUGAUGAUGGAGAUGGUGAUGAGGAAGGAGAAGAAGAAGAGGAAAAAGAACCAGAGAAUCUGGGCAAACUGCAGUUCUCCCUAGACUAUGAUUUCCAGGCUAACCAGCUGACUGUUGGAAUCCUCCAAGCAGCUGAACUGCCAGCAUUGGACAUGGGAGGUACGUCUGAUCCUUAUGUCAAAGUCUUUCUACUUCCAGACAAAAAGAAGAAGUAUGAGACCAAAGUACAAAAGAAGACCCUCAAUCCAACCUAUAAUGAGACUUUUGUCUUUAAGAUUCCAUACCAAGAGCUUGGUGGGAAGACUUUGGUGAUGGCCAUCUAUGACUUUGACCGAUUUUCUAAGCAUGAUAUCAUUGGGGAAGUCAAGGUACCCAUGAAUACUGUGGACCUGGGACAACCCAUUGAAGAAUGGAGGGACCUAGAGAGUGCAGAAAAAGAGGAGCCAGAGAAACUGGGAGACAUCUGUAUCUCAUUACGAUAUGUACCCACUGCUGGGAAAUUGACUGUCUGCAUACUGGAGGCCAAGAAUUUGAAAAAGAUGGAUGUUGGAGGACUUUCUGAUCCUUAUGUGAAAAUUCAUCUGCUGCAGAAUGGCAAAAGGCUUAAGAAGAAGAAGACUACAGUCAAGAAGAAGACCCUGAAUCCCUAUUUCAAUGAAUCUUUCAGCUUCGAGAUUCCCUUUGAGCAGAUACAGAAAGUGCAAGUUGUAAUUACUGUUCUGGAUUAUGACAAGUUGGGAAAGAACGAAGCCAUUGGAAAAGUCUUUGUUGGCAACAAUGCCUCAGGCACCGAGCUCAGGCACUGGUCUGACAUGCUCGCCAACCCUCGCCGCCCCAUUGCCCAAUGGCACUCCUUGAAACCUGAAGAAGAGGUGGAUGCAGCUCUUGGGAAAAACAAAUAGGCAGCUCCAUUUUCCAACAUCACCUAAUGAACAUUCAAAGUGAUCCAGAGCUAUCAAUACCUCAGUUAGGCAACAUUUAGUUUUUGUUCUCUUUUCUAAGCUGCAACAUUCUUUCUUUGAUGGCUGCAAGGGAAUCCGGGUGAACUCAAGAGUAUCCAGGAGGAAGUGGUUUAAAAGCAUGGUGGUUCCUUUUUUUCAUAUUCUUCCAAGUAGUUGGUUUGCUGCAUGUUCCACCAUCUCUCUGUGUUAUUCUCUUCAAGUGUACAGCAAGCUUUUUACUUGGGUCUUCCUGAGACCACCACAAAUAACAGCACAAAACAG